AGUUUGGUGUCUGACAGUGGCACCAGCCGGGGAAUCUGGAAUAGCUUUUUCUGGUGUUUGGGUUGUCUCUAUUCAUGAAAGGGAGUUGCUAGUGCCGCGGACAAAAGGCAGACUGUACACUUCAAAGUUACAUGCAUGGGUGCAUUAAAACCUAUUAAAAAUAACGUAGAUAUAGAGAGUGGGAGAGGGUGUAUUCUUCACCAACUGACCUCAUACAGACGAUAGCGUGCCCCUCUCACAAACAGGCCUGCAAUGUCACUCCGAGCCAAGUCCCACACCGACCUCCAGACUGUUGGGAAGAACUCGCUGGACGAUGGCCUGUACAAGUCUUUGUCCGUCAGCAGCAGUAACUUCAGCAGAAGCGCUCGCUUUGGAAACGGGGUGGCGGACGAGGUCAAAGGACUGUCGAGAACGCCCAGGAGGCCAGUGCGAGCCGUGAGACCGGUCAGUGCCGUCGGCUCAAACGGAUCAUUCCUUCAGAUCAACCAUCUGCAAGGAGAGCUUGUCAGGAAGAGGAAGGAAUGUGAGGAUCUGAAGAAAGAAAACAGAUACUUAUCCAACGAGAUUCACAUGGAACGGAUUACCAUGCGCACCGAAAAUGAGUUGACCAUGAGGAACCUCAGGAACCUGAACCAGGAGCUGCAGGCUCAACUCAAAGAGCUGAGGCAGAAGCUGUACCAGAGCCAGCAGAGAGCGACCUUGUGCUCACGUGCAGCAGAGCAGGCGGAGGAGGCCAGAGGAGAUGCAGAGAAGGGCCGCGCGCUGGCGGAGGCUCGGGCCAUCAUGAGCCUGCGGGAUAAGGAGACAACAGAGGCUGACAGGAGCCAGCUGAGUGAAGAGCUUCAACUUCUUAAAAAGGAGAACGCUGAUCUCCAGCUCUCACUGGCUCGAGCGGACAAAAACUACUUUGAAGCUAAGCUGAAUCUGGACCGAGUCAGUGGAGAGAAAACAGCCCUAAUGGAGGAGAAACAGAUCCUGGAAGGCGACCGAGAUGAUCUUCGACAAAAGUUGAGAGAGCUGUCGGAGGAAAACGUGAAGAACAAGGACAGUGAGCUGAACUGGAAGCAAAAGGCGACAGCAUUAGAGGAGGAGUGCCGAAGAGCCAGACAGGCUCAGCAGGAGGCCGAUGCUGAGAGGAGACUGGUGGAGAAGCAGAGACAGGAGAGGACAGCCGAGUGUCUCGGGUGGAGGGAGAAGCACCAGGAUCUGGCCGACAAGUUCCGAGCUGAAGAGGACCUCAAGGCUCUGCGCCAGACCAAGGGGUGCCAAGCCAACAUCAAGAGCUAUUUCUUGUGCAUGACUGAGAGUGACCAGAGGGUGAAGAUUCUCAAAAAUCCUGAUGGUUCACCGCGGAACUUCACGGAGGGAGAUCCAGUUUACCUGUCCACACCAGAGUCCAGCCCAGAGGAGCCCGAAAGGACCUCGUCCAGGACCAUGUUGAGGGUUUGUGCUCCAAACUUGGGCAGGGAUCAGGGUCCCACCCACUUUGAUGAGCUGCCCGCCUUCGGAGGAGAGCGCCCUGACUCUGCAGCACACCGCAGGAGCAGGAAGGUGGUGGACUACUUCUGGAUCCCCACUGAUCAGGAGUAGAGGAGCAUGUCAGAGCGCCUCACGGGAACUAAAGACUGCCCCAUUAACUCUACCUGAGUCCCUCAAAGUAUCCUCUAUCUCUGAUGGUACUUUAUUUUAAUAGCACUACAAAUACAAUGGAGUUGUAAAAGUGAUUUAAGUAGCAGUUGCAGUAGUAGUAUCAGUAAUAAACAUGAUCAGAAGGAGAACUGUAGACUUGGCUGUCGUACUCGACAAUGAAAAAAAUCAAUAAUUGUUGAAAAUGUUUUCUUAAACUGCAUUUUUCCAUUAUUUUCAGUGAAAAUCUUUGAAACUGUAACUGAACAACCAACUUAUAAACAUUAUAUAGAUCUGUUUCCUGGUUCUGGGACAUUGCUAAUGCAGCAUCACUUAUGAUUUCUGGAUAUCUUUAUG